UUCGCGCGGAUCGACCCGAGGGUGCGCCCCGCCCACUCUCGCGUCGGUCCCGCGAUGGGCCUCUUCUCAUCGGCCGCUAAGAGAUGCAGCAACGGCAAGAAGUUCCUCCGCAGCGCGGGCGCGUGCUGCUGCUCGCCGUCCGCCUCCGCCCCUGCAGGUGGUGUGCGCGGCAAGGAAGAGGCGUCGACGUCGGCGCCGGCUUCCGCGCCAGCAGAUAGCAAGAAGAAAAGGUGGCGGAAGAGGAAGUUCUGGAGGAAGAAGAAGAAGGCCAAGAAGGAGAGCGGCGAUGGCAGCGGCGAGCUCGCCGACCUCGUCAAUAACAUUUCGGCCAACUCGGACGUGUGCAAGAACGUGAAUGCGGCGGAGGAGAUCCUACGGGGCAGCAACCAGAACAUGCCCAGCAGGGCGCUGACGUUCAGCCAGCUGAGCGCCGCGACCGACGGGUUCAGCGAGCAGAACCUGCUCGGCGAAGGCGGCUUCGGCCGGGUGUACAAAGGGCUCCUCGAGGACACCAAAGAGGUGAUCGCCGUGAAGCAGCUGGACAGGAACGGGUUCCAGGGCAACCGCGAGUUCCUCGUGGAGGUGCUGAUGCUGAGCCUCCUGCACCACCCGAACCUGGUCAAGCUGCUGGGCUACAGCACCGACUCCGACCAGCGGAUCCUGGUGUACGAGUACAUGCCCAAGGGCUCGCUGGAGGACCACCUCCUGGACCUGCCCCCGAACUGGAAGCCCCUGCCGUGGCACACGCGGAUGCAGAUCGCGGUGGGCGCGGCCAAGGGCAUCGAGUACCUGCACGAGGUGGCCAACCCGCCGGUGAUCUACCGCGACCUCAAGGCGUCCAACAUCCUCCUGGACAGGGACUUCAACGCCAAGCUCUCCGACUUCGGGCUCGCCAAGCUGGGCCCCAUGGGCGACCAGAGCCACGUCAGCACCAGGGUCAUGGGCACGUACGGCUACUGCGCCCCCGAGUACGCCAUGACCGGCAAGCUCACCAAGAUGUCCGACAUCUACAGCUUCGGCGUCGUGCUGCUCGAGCUCAUCACCGGCCGCCGCGCCAUCGACGUCGCCAGGCCGUCCGAGGAGCAGGUCCUCGUUCACUGGGCGUCGCCUCUGCUGAGAGACAAGAGGAGGUUCAUGAAGCUGGCUGAUCCGUUGCUGUGCAGGAGGUACCCCGUGAAGGGGCUGUACCAGGCGCUGGCCGUCGCGUCCAUGUGCUUGCAGGAGGACGCUGCCAGCCGGCCGGGGAUCAGCGACGUCGUCGCGGCGCUCUCGUUCCUCGCCGACCCGCAAAACUACCCUCCCGAAGGCAUGCAAGCUGAGCACUACAAGAGCCCAGAUCGAGGGUCAGACAAGGAUAGCAGUCCCAGUCCUCCUAAAGCCGACAUGAUCAGGGCAGACGACGAAAUGAAGCAUAGAUGACCGUAGGGGGAGCUAAUUAAGCUAACGGGAAAGGGAGAGGGAUUAUUGCAGAGCUGUCUGUCUGCUCUCUUCAAUCUUCUUUUUGUAUAAAAACGUACACCACGUAGGCAGGAUGUAAACACCAUUCAAGGGAGUUAUCUUGACUGAUGCAGAUUUUCAGCAGCAAUAUAUGCAGCGUGAAGUUCAGCUAA